AUGCCGCCAACUGCCCAGAACUCGCAACAACAAUCGUAUCCGAGAAGCGAUAAGGGUGGCCUUCUGAACUAUCCACCACCACCAAUUCCUCAACACCAUCAUCAUCAACAUCAACGAAACCAACCAUACCACCAACAUCACUCAUCUUCCACAAAUUCUCCUCAAACUCAUUCUUCAUCUCCUCAUACUACUUCAUCUAAUCAAUACCAUCAUCAUCCUCCAUCACGUACCAACAACAAUCACCAUCAGAAUUCACACUCCUCUCAACAAGCACAUAAUUCAAGAAUGAACACGUCUUCGGUUGCCGCUCCACAACAGCAACAACAACAACAACAGCCGCAAGGGGCUCCUCAACAAGGUGGUCAAGGACAAGGACCACCACAACAUCAUGGUCAACGCCAAUUCUAUGGAGGGCGUCCCCAAAACCAUAUGAGAGGAGGAAGCGGACCGUUCGGAAACAGCAAUGGCUACGGUCGUUACACGGCUCCACGUGACGGUCAACAACACCAUGACUCGACUCCAUUGAGCUCGACCAAUCUCUACAUCCGUGGAUUGGCACCAAACACGAAUGAUGACACUCUUCGUGAGAUGUGCUCCAAGUAUGGAAACAUCGCCUCGACUAAGGCAAUCAUGGACAAAGCCACCAACAACUGCAAGGGAUACGGUUUCGUCGACUUUGAGUCUCCACAAGCCGCCGCCGCCGCCGUCGAUGGACUCAACACUGAGGGUGUCCAGGCUCAGAUGGCGAAGCUUCAACAACAAGAGCAAGACCCAACCAACUUGUACAUUGCGAAUCUUCCAUUGGAUUUCACUGAACAAAUGUUGGAGAGCGAGUUGAACAAGUACGGAAUGGUCAUCUCGACACGUAUCCUCCGCACUCCGGACAACAAUUCUCGUGGCGUCGGAUUCGCGAGAAUGGACUCGAAGGAAAAGUGCGAGGUGAUCAUUUCGGCACUCAACGGAGGACGAUUCGAGAACAUGACUAAAGAGGGACCGGCUCUCCUUAUUAAACAAGCGGAUACCGGCAGGAAGAGUAAGCACUCGAUCAACAACCCGGACAUGAUCCAACGUAUGCAGUACCCACAAGUCUAUCAAUCGUACUACGGUUACCAUCCGGCCGCCGUCUACCAACAACACUACGACGUCAACUCGUUGGCCUCGCAGAUGGGCGGUAUGCACGUCGGUGGCGGUAAUCCACAGGCUAACGGUGGAAACGAUAUGUACGGAGCUCACAUGUACGGAGCACAGAACGCCGGUGGACAGGGUGGACAAGCUGGAGGGCAAGGCGGACAGGGAGGCAAUCAACAGUUCUACAACAUGAAUCCAAACAAUGGACGCAACAAAAAGUAUUUCCAGCCGAUUCCACAAUAA